AUGGAAGAACAGAGUAGAGUGGCUGAGAUAGCUACAAAGUCAGCAAUAUAUAGUCAGCGACGGUCAUCUAAACUGUGUGAAAUAUCAGGGGGUGAUGAAGGACAACGUCUGUCAGUGUUGGGCAAGUCCCUUGACGUAUUCUAUGGAAUCCCAUAUGCCAAGCCUCCUGUAGGUGAUCUCCGAUUCAAGCACCCUCAACCUUCAGAGUCAUGGGGACCGGAAGUUAGAGAUGCACAAAAACCGACGUCAUCUUGCUUCCAACCAAAAAAUGCUCAUGGCAGUGAUGAAAGUUACAAACAGAUGCCCGAUGAUUACAGUGAAGACUGCCUUCAUCUUACAGUGUGGGCGCCAUCAGACAAUGCUGGCAAUCUGGCAGUGAUGGUCUGGAUCCACGGUGGAGGUUUUUAUAUUGGAUCUACAAGACUGCCACUGUAUGAAGGAAAAUACAUUGCAGCAGAGAAUGGAGUCAUCGUUGUUUCAAUGAAUUACAGAUUGGGGCCUUUAGGGUUCAGCUACCUUGGUCCAGAUACCAUCCCUGGCAACAUGGGCUUGGUGGAUCAAAGAUUAGCCUUACAGUGGGUGAAAGACAAUAUUGCUAACUUUGGUGGAGAUCCAAAACGGGUGACCAUAUUUGGAGAAAGUGCUGGUGGUGCAAGUGUAGGUCUACACCUGGCAUCACCGCUGUCACGUGACCUGUUUGACAGAGCAAUAAUGCAGAGUGGGACUCUCAUCUCCCUAUUUGCAGACCACAUGCCCAAAACAGCAAUACGGACACUGAAGAGACUUGCUGAUCACCUUGAGUGCCCUUCAUCUUCAACUGAUACAGAGAUAUAUGAGUGCUUGAAGACAGUAGAUGCACAAACUAUGGCAGACCUUCAGCUAGGUUUGUUCGGUGAAGGAAUUGCAUUUCGUCCAGUUGUGGAUGGGUACUUCCUCCCCGAUGACCCCAAAAUUCUUCUGUCCACUGGCUCCAUCAAGCAGACCAGUGUAUUGCAUGGUUUUACUAAAGAUGAGACAGCACUGUUUUCUGCAAUGAUAUUGAAGCAGAUGAGAAACGUAUCAACAUUACCUGAAUCACUCAUUUUAAGUCGUCAAGAAUAUGAUAAUUUUAUUUCAUUUGACAUGCUCACUGGAACAGACAUUGAAGAGCCUAUUCGUCUGUUUUAUGAAAGUCAGAUACCCCUUCUAAAGGACACGGACUAUUUAGAGGUCGUAACUCGUGCAACUUCAGACAGGGGAUUUAAGUGUCCUCAUCUUGAGUUUGACAGAUUAUAUUCUCCUGCUAACCCUACCUAUGUCUACAGCUUUAAUCAUCGACUGUCAAUUAGUCCGUAUCCAAAGUGGAUGGGAGCACCCCACUGGUACGAGCUUGACUUUGUUUUGGUUGGGUUCUGGAAAAGUCUCUGGGAUGUACAGAGGAGGAGAUGGAACUCAGCAGGACCAUCAUGACGUACUGGACCAACUUUGCCAAGUCCGGCGAUCCAAACGCUCCUGUCCCCGUCAAGGUGAACUGGCCAGCCUCUGACAACACUGAUCUCUCCUACAUGGCCCUUGACGUGGGCAGCAAAUUAGCAGCAGGACAUGGGGUAGUCCACCAUGAAUGUGUCUUCAUCAACAGGAUUCUACCCAUGAUUUCUAAAGACCCACCGGAGGGGCAGGAGUACUGCACAAGAGGAUGAAAGGACAGCAUCAUACUAAUCUGACCCAAGUUAAAAUACUGAUACAUCAUUAACUUUUAAAGCUGUUUUGAACUGUAUCUAAAGCCUCCAGAGAUAUUGUGACGCUGUUUAUACAGCUUAACCGCCAAUCACAGUCACUUCCACAAUCACCCAACCACAUCCAAUACACCUAUCAAAGACUU